AUGGUAGUUGAUGUGCCCUGCAGCUUCGAGAAGGGAGUGAAGAUCGGAGUUGUUGAAGAAUGUUCUGGUGCUGAAGGUGCAGAGAUGGCAUAAGCUACUAAAGAUGAAGAUUCAAAGUUGAGCAUAGCAGAUGAUGAACCACUUCUAAUAGAACAACAGUUUGCUAUAGAUUGUGACAAUCAACGAUUUGAAAUUAGAACAAAAGCAGAUAUUGCAGAAGCUGGAAGCAGAUGUUCAAAAUCAAAAUCUGUCUAUCUUAUCAAUCCUGAUGAGUUCCCCUCGCAGGGCAUGACUCCACGGCAAUUCUACAGCUUCAUCAAUGUACCUAAU